AUGGAAGAUCAAAAUGAAAGACGAUUUCAGAGCGGCAAAUCCAAAGACACGUCGCAAGAAGAUCGACUAGAACGUCGACAAGGUGGUACGGAUUCAGCAUUCGGGAAUCCACCAGUAAACGUCCCUUUUACACCAGAUACAUCACAACACAAUGACCCGCAAUCGCCCAAUUUACCGCAAACUGCAUCACGUUUGGGAGACUCCUUAGAGAGCGAGCGGCCCUUAUCAGAAAGUAUUGUUUUAACGGCAGAGGAAGCAUCACUGUACAACCACUACAACGUCCAUCUUGGUCGAUGGAUGGACUGUACUAAUGCCUCCCGCCUUUUGACGCUCAGAGUGAGCGAGAUGGCCAGGCAUCAGCUUUUUUUGCACCAUGCAGUUAUAUGCUUCGCGUCACGUCACAAGGGUGAUCAUCAGAAAGCUGGGGAUGCGUACCACAAAUGCAUAACAUUACUGAUUCCUCGCCUCGAACAGAAUCCUGGUAACGAUGAAGCACUGCUUACCGCUGUAAUACUUUUACAUUUUGCAGACCAGCUUAGUGUACAAUCCAAUGUGGGAAUGUGCGACAAAUCUCACCUUCAAGGUUCUUCUGGCAUUCUCCGUGCCUCUCAAUUAACACGCUUCAUUGAUCCCUCGGCACCUACCGUGCGUGAGGCUGUAUUCUGGGUCUAUGUGCGACAAAGUCUCUACAACGCUACUAUCAGACAGCAGCCACUAGAUCUCGACUUCUCAUUGCAACUUGAACCGCUCGCAGAUGCUGUUGGAAACCAACAUCGCUUGGAUGCUCUGAGACGAGAGACUGCCUGGGCCAAUCAGAUGCUAUGGCAUACUGCAUGUGUAGCUAACUUUUGCUUUGCGGACACUGGAGCACAAAGCGGUCAGGCGGGAACUACGCAACGAUGGCAAGCGCUUUGGACGCAGAUCCGAACAUGGCGAGAUAAAAGACCGAGUUCUUUCGACCCAAUCUGGGCAGGCCCAUCCACCGACGAGGACGUAUUUCCCGACAUAUUUUUCACGGCAGACUGGCAUGUAAUCUCCUUCACCUUUUACCACUUCGCAAGUAUACUCCUGCUCACAUAUACGCCUGGCCCAAAAUUUGGAAUGCGCAUUAUACAAAGCGAAGAGUCUCGAUUGAAUAUUAUAAAGCAUGCUGAGGCCAUAUGCUCCGCCUCCAACUCUUCGCCGCAGAACCCGCAACUAUACAUUAUAGUGUGCCAUACGGUCUUCAUAUGGGGGCCUUUAUUGUCCAACAGCGCCAAAAGACAGAAGGUCAUUUAUUUACUAGAAACAUUUCAGAAUUCUCACUUUUGGGGAACAUCUUGGAUUGUCAGUGCAUUAAAGACGGAAUGGGGCAUAGAAUGA